UCUUUCUUUCUUUCUUUCUUUCUUUCUUUCUUCUUUUUUUGAGAAUGGCUUUCCCACGUCUCCCACCAAUGCCGCCUGGCUCUGAUCCUCCUCGUCCUAGUCCUCCGGAUUCAAGCACCCAAUUCAAACUUGCUGUGAUUAUAGGGGCCAUCGUUGCGAUUGGGCUCCUUCUGUUCGUCGUCUUCCUCGUCUACCAUUGGGCUCCUUCUGUUCGUCGUCUUCCUCGUCUACCGUCGCGAGACGACAGGCGCUGCAACGCAGGAUUCCACCAUCUCGGCCAAUGCCUCAGGGAUGUCGUGCUUUUUAUCGCCCUUACCGCGACGGCAGACGAGGAAGACGACGAACAGAAGGAGCCCAAUCGCAACGAUGGCCCCUAUAAUCACAGUAAGUUUGAAUUGGGUGCUUGAAUCCGGAGGACUAGGACGAGGAGUAUCAGAGCCAGCGGCAUUGGUGGGAGACGUGGGAAAGCCAUUCUCAAACUCACUCUCUUUUCUGUUUUCUAAGUUUCUCAAAGACUCGAUUAAAUAGGCAGAGAGUCUUGCAUUUCAAUUUUUUUUUCCUUUCUUUCUGUCUCUUGCUCCGCUAGAAUUCCCGUUCCUCUUACUAAUUAUGGAGUUAUUCGAUUUUGAAAUCGGUUUUUGGUCUAUUUUGAUUUCCAAUUCGUGACUGUUAUGAAGCCUUUGCAUUGUAUUGCUUUGAGAGAUAUCUGAUAGCCUGUUUAGGUAUGAAAGAAGAUUGUUCACACAUGCCAUUUCUCAUUUCAACUACUCAAUUUUUGUUAUGUAUCUCAGAGUUGGUUUUCAAUAAAACUUUCAAUACGAU